AAUUAUCCGUAUGCAAAUCAUAUGAAGUUCUCUCACAUAUUCCCUUGUUUCGAUUACCCUUAGACCCUAGUCCAAACUGAAAACUUAUGUAAAGAUGUAUAUUGUUAAGUGAAAAUAUUGAUUUAACCCUAGUUUAUAACAAAAUCUUGAUCAAAACAUAUGGCCCAAUGUAAAAUUUACUUAAGAAAAGGUAAAACUAGUUAAUUACCGCUCACACCGAAAAGAAGGAAGAAAACAUAAAAUGUUUUGCCUUUUAUAAUUAUACGUGUGUAAAUCAUAUGAAGUUCUCUCACAUAUUCGCUUAUUUUGAUCACCCGGAGUCCAAACUGGAGACUUAUGUAAAGAUGUAUUCCCUCCGUCACAACAAAAUUUGGUCAGACUUCUUUCCAGAUUUGUUGUACUAGAUUAUAUCUCAUCCCAUACUUCUUAGGCUCCGUUUAGCUUCUUAGGUUGGUUUUUUUUUUACGGAGGGAGUAUAGUGUUAAGUGAAAAUAUUGAUUUAACCUAGUACAUGUGUUCCAAUGUACUUUAAAAAAAGGUAAAUGAAAGGCGUUUUCAAAAAUCAAAAUGCAGCUCCCUCCGAGCAAAAGCCGUUGGCUUCUGUCAAACGUCAAAUCCGUCAGGCUUACCAGUUUUAGUACUACCACACUCCUACUGCACCUAGCCUGACGAAAUGAAAAGGUUGCAAAGAAAGUUUUGAGUUUUUAGCCGUUGCGCAGCAAAUUUGCAAUCAAGAAGAAGAGAGGGAGCGAAUAGCGAUGGAGCAGAGCGCCGGGCAGAGGAGCUCCGUCGCCACCAAUGCCACCGUCGAUCUGGAGGUACUCGACUGCACCGUCUGCUGUCAUCCCCUCAAGCCUCCAGUCUUGCAGUGUGGAGUUGGGCAUGUCAUUUGUUCGUCCUGCCAUGGCAAGCUCCCGGACAAGAACAGGUGCCACGUCUGCGCCAUGGACACCGCGUACAACCGCUGCUUCGCCGUGGAGCAAAUCCUGAGGUCCAUCCUGGUGCCUUGCCGCAACGCCGGCUACGGGUGCGACGCCAAGACGGCCUACCACGACAGCGACAGCCACGAGGACGGGUGCCCGCACGCGCCGUGCUUCUGCCCGGAGCCCGGGUGCGGCUUCGCCGGCGCGACCUCGUCGCUGCCCGCGCACUUCACCGGCGGCCACGGCUGGCCGCCCGCCACCGAGUUCAGGCGCGCCAGGGCGUUCGACCUGCAGGUCCAGGAGGGCAAGCGGGUCCUCCGCGACGUGGACGGCGGCCACCUGUUCCUGGUCGACGUCGCGCCGGCCGGACCCGCCGGCCUCGCCGGCGCCGUGCUCCUCCUGGAUCCCCAUGCCGGCGCGAAGGCGAAGCCCAAGUUCGAGUGCCACGUCGCGUUCCACUGCCGCGCCACGGGGUGGCGGUCGUCGUCGGAGUUCCCGGUGAGGAGCACGGCCCUCGACGGUGGGUCGUUGCCGGCCGACUGCUACGCGUUCGUCGUGCCCAGGGUUGCUCAUCCGCCCGCCACCGCCAGCAUCAUCGUGUCCGUCUACGACGUCUCCAAGAAACGACCACGCAACGGUGACAUUCGGCAACACCUGAAGUCCCGGGUCAACUAAUUAGUUUUUGUAUCUCUAAACCUAGUACUCCUACUCCCUCUAGUACAAUGUACCAACUAAUCAUCACCCUGAUGAUGCUUAAUCUUCCACAAUUGUACGAACUGAUCAUCACCCUAGUGAUAAGGUGAGCGAGUACUGCGCAGAAGUGGAAUUUGUUUUGCUUUUGUCAA